AUGAAUGACCAAAAAGAACAAACAAAUAUAAUUAAACCAAAAUUAUCUCAAGAAUUAGAUAGUGAAAAAGGAAAAGUUUUUUCAUUUGAAUCUAGUACUUCCAAGGUAUUCUCUUAUGAAAAUGGUCAAUUAGUGGAAAAGAAUGAAGAAUCUACUGUUACCAAAGGUGAUAAUACUGGCUCAGUAACAGAGAAAACAGAGAAACAUACUCAAUUUGAUAAUGAAAAUCCAACUGGAAAAACUACAUCAAAAACAACCACAACUUUUAAUAGCAAUGACUCUAAAACUCCAUUCAACACACCAAAUCAACAAUAUCAACCAAUUGAAGGUGAUAAUACCACGGCCAGUGGUGAAGGUAAUCUUGGUUUAAGAGAAUUACAUAAAAAUCCAAAUGUUGGAAAUGAACAAUAUUUUACAAGUUUUCAAAAAUAUUUGCCAAAACAAAAUAAUAAUGAAUCACUUCCAAAAUAA